AUGGCGGGCAUAGAUGAAAUCCGGAAAGCUCUGCAUUCAGAACAACAGAAAACGGCUUUGUAUGAGAAAAAACUGAGAUGUGAGUUUUUUUUUCAAUAAUUUUUCUCAUUUUGUCCAAUUUCCAGUGACGGUCGAAAGUUUCAAGCAACUGAAAGCAGAAAAAGAAGCACUAUCUAAUAUUAUUUCAAGCCUCGAGAAAAGCAACAAAAAAGUUCGCCAAAUCCAUUAAUUUGCUCAUUUGAUAUUUUCAGGAAGAUAAAUCAAGCGAUGUGAACCAAUCAGUUGCUGUUCUCAUACAGCAGAGCCAAAUAAGGGAAAAUGCAUUACUUCAGUCGAGAAACGCUCUUUUGGUCAGCUGCAAAAAUGUUCGGUAUUUUUAACCUCAAAAUUUCAGAAUGAGAACAACGAUUUGAAAAAACGACUAGCCGAAGCGGACAAGCCUUUGAAAUAUUCCUCGGUUUGAUUUUAUAUAAAACUUUCUUUUCAUGAUGACUAUUUUUUCAGGAAAACAGUGGAUUGGAUCCAAAGUUUGUGAUAGCUGAGCUCGAACAUCGUUUGAGGAAAGAAGCCGCAUUAACCGCCGAAUAUAAGAAAAAAAGUAUAUUGAGAAAUUAUAUUUGUUCAAGUUUAUUAUUUUUCUCAGGUUGACGAAAUGAAUAGAGCGGAAUCUAACCGUGAAGUAUUGCAACGUUUAAAAAGUUUGUAAAAUAAUAUUUUUGGACGAUCAAAAAAAGGAAAUUCAGGCUGAAGUUCAAGCAAAAGAGAAGGAAGUGGACCAAUGGAAAAAAUUGUAUGAAGAUAAUCAUGCAAGGUCAAUAUUCUUAGAUAGAAAGUUAGCGUCGAUUUCGGUAAGGCUACAAAUUUUUUAAAUAAAUCAUUUUUCCAUUUUCAGCUUGAUCAGGCUCGAGAAGCAAAAGAAGUUCAUCGAAACGAAAUCAUCACUGAAAACAGCGACUGGGAUCCUCGUGUGGCUCAAUUAGAAGUAACCUGAGUAAUUCAUUGAAGUUUCAAUAUUUUUUUCAGAAACAAAUCAUGACUAUGACCAAGCGAUGUGAAGAGAAAGAAACGGAAGUUUCAGAACUUAACGAUGAAAUUCAGCGGCUACGAGGAGAGCUAUCUCAAGCUCAAGAGGUUUUUUGUUCAACUUUUUGUGACGUUAAUUAUUCAAUGAUUCACAGGAGAGAUCAAGAAGCGGCAGUACGACCCCUGUUGCGGAAGAAAGCCUCACAGAGCUUCUUCAACGAGAGUUCGACCGUCUGAAACAUGAACCCCUGUUUGAUCCACUCGGUAAACACUCUUCUUUGAAAACAUUCAAAAUGAAUGAAUUUGCAGAUUUGUGCUGUCCGGAGCAACGUCAGGCGAUAGAAGAGUUUUAUCGACGAAAAAUAGCAGACAGUACUAGAGAGGCGAACGAUUACCAAACAAUCAGUGAAAUCACUAAGGUACGUUUCAGUUCCAAAGAAAGCCGCUAAAAAUAAAAAAAAUCAGAAAAUUUAUCACUGUUUCUGAAAGAUAAUAAAUUUGCGAUGAUGUUUCAAGUGAAGAGAGCCUUGGAAAUAAAUUUCGUUUUCAUGAGUAUCUUAAAACUGUUCCUAAAGAAUCAAUCAAUAAAAAAAAAAUCAAUUCACCAUAAUUUCAGCUACGAGAUGAAAACAACACGAUGAUGCUGUUCAACGAAAAGUUGAAGAAACAAAAAGACGAAAUCGAGAAAGAGAAACGACAUCUGAUUACGGUUUCAAUUCAUUCUUGAAAGAAAAUUUUCAAGUUUUUCAGGAAAUUGAAAAGACUGAGCAGAGUGUCAAAAAUCGAGAAUCGGAAAUUUCGAAACUCAAAGAGGACAUUCGGAUUUUGACGGCUCAAAGAGGUAUAUAUAGGUAUAUAAACUUUCUAGAAAAAUUGGUUCUGAGGAAAACUUGAUGAAGCUUCUCGGAAAAAAAUUUACAAGCUUCAAAUUCUAAAAUAUAAGAAUUUGUUCAAUCGACGAAACCUGAAAAAGUGAAAUGUAUACGUGAGAAAAAUUGGAAUUUCUGUGAUUUUAAGAGCGUUCAAACUUCACUGAAAAUAAAAAUGAAAGAUGUUUUUCACAGUAAUUCGGGACCUAGAAAUUCUGGUUACACUUUUACAAGGUUUCAUGAAGUUUUCUCAAAGACUCGUUUCUUCAAAGGAAUUCGAUUUAUAUUUUCAGGGGAAAUCGAGCAGGAAAUGCAUAAACAACGCUCAAGAGCCAGUGAAAUGAUUGAAGCAAAAGAGGAAGAACUCGAAGUUUGCAGGUUUGGCUGCUUUGAAUUCAUAAAAAAAAAGAAUUUCUAAAAAUUUUUUUAAAAAGCCAAAAGUUUCUUUCAAAAUGAAUCGUUCUAAGUUUGAAAUUUCAGAAAGAUGCUGACUGUUUUAAGACGAGACGAGCUCAGAUCUCACUCUGAAAAUCAAAAACUCAAACGUCCCUGAUUGAUGAAAACUCAAUUUUCACUCUUGGUGAGGACUUUUUCAUUGAAGUUUUUUUAUAUUACUCAUAUCUCUGAAACUUUUUAAUUUAUUUUUUUCCGAUUUAUUAAAAAGAUCUGAUGAAUAUUUUUAGAAAUGGGUGAGAUGAUUAUUUCGUCUCAACGCAUCUCAAAAAAAGUUCCAAAUUACAGAUCCUGACCAACGAAACGUUUUCUAUGAAAACCGACUUGCCAGCAGAGAACAUGAAAUCACUGAUUUGAGGUUAGUUGAUAGCAAUUCCAUGUAUAAACUUUUUUUCUAGGAAACAAUUAGAAGAAGUGGAUUUUCGUUGGCGUGAACAAUCACAAAAAAGCCUUGUCUGAACAAUUGGAACGCUUGUCUACUACUGAACUUCUUAAUGACAAAAUCCGAGCUCUGGAAGGUAAGGCUCAGAGGAUUCAUGAUAGAAUUUUUUUAAGACAAACAAUUUUUUUAAGGUAAUUUUUUUGGAAGUCUCAAUGGAGUUUCUUAAUAGGUUCUACCUAUGUUUAUUCUGGAAAAAAACGUUUGAAAAGAGUUCAAAAGUUAUAAUGAUUCGUCUAAUUUACCAAAUAAUCCCUUCCUUGAUAGCAAGUUCCAUAGUUUAUGUACCACGACUCGAAAUUUCACCGAACGACAUUCCGCUGUUCCGCUGCGUGCGGUCGCAAAGCGUUUUUGCCUCUGUGAGCCUCGGUACUUUUUUUUAUUAUCAAAGCUGGUGUACAGACAGUUCAACUUUUCUUUACAGUUCGAAAAAUGGAAAGUCGAGUAUUGAAAUAAAAGAAAAAACUGGUAGGCGAAGACGCAUUGCGACCGCACGCAGGGAAACAGUGGAAUGUCGUUCAGUGAAAUUUCAAGUCGCCGAAGAUGAUUUUAAAAAAAAAGUCAGCCUUAUUGUCUUGCAGGCAAGCUCCAAAUGCUCUCCUCAACCAAUGAACUUGACUACCUACGCAAUAUUUUUGUCCAAUUUCUUCAUUGUAUGUCUCCGCCGACUUUGCAAAGCAAACUCAUCCUCAAAGCAAUGGCCAACGUUCUGAAACUCGGAGAUGAACAAAUGAAACCCAUCAACAAAACGAAGUGA